UACAAAUCUAUUACAUUUAUUGAGGCAUGUGGGAGUAAAGAUGUCUACUCCACAUAGAAGUUUUGAUGAGGACAAGGCUGAGUUCCAAAAACUUCAUGAGACACCAACAUGUUUUGUGAUUAUUGGAAAGCCGGGAUCAGGGAAAUCAACAUUGGCCAGAAAUCUUGCUCAUAACUGGAAAUGUAAACUGGUUACACCCGAGUCAGCUAUAGAAUGGGUUAUCAAACAGGAGUCAGAUUUAGGGAGUGAAGUGUCAGAUAGAUUAAAUCAUGGACAGGCUAUCCAAGAAUCACUUGCACUGAAGAUUGUCAGCCAAAGAAUAGCUGCUCUUGAUAUCAAGCAUCAUGGUUAUGUUUUGGAUGGAUUGCCCACUCUGGACUCCGAGUUUAUGUCGACGGAGGAGCAAGUAUCUGUAAUAAAAAACUUCGAACUAACUCCAGAGUUUAUUGUCAACAUAAAGAUAAGUGAUACAGAUUUGAUCGAACGAAGAUCGAAGCAGUUGCUUUACCCUGAAAACAAUGAACUUUACUCUCCCGAUCUCAUCCAACCUGCUGCAGCUGUUGAUGAAGAUGAGGGAGAAGAAGAAGAGGAGGAAGAAGAAGAGGAAGAAAUGGAUGAUGAUCAAGAUCCUGAUGCUAUUCCUGAGCAGGUUAACGAUCUGAUAGAUCCGCCAGCACCUGCUGGAGCCCUGGACUUGAUGAUAAGACGGCCCCAGGAUGAACCAGAGAUGGUACAGAAGGAAAUAGAAACUUACUUCAACAACGUUCUACCUAGUCUUGAAGAUUUGAUCAUCUCUCAUGAUCGUCAGAAAGUUAUUGAGCUGAACGGCCUGUUGAACAGGAAGGACCUCCUGGAUACUCUGAUGAACAAAUUGGCAACUUACUGUGCCUAUUGUGCCAUUCAACCAAUUCCUCUGUUCCCUGAAGAUGAGGAACAGGAUCCUGAUCUGGAAGCAGAUGAUCUCCUGAAAAUGCUUGUCAAACGGGACACAGUGGGAGCCAGGUUCCCUUGGAGAAAGUCACGCUGGGAAGCAAGUGAUCCGGUAGCGUUACAACAAGGUUCAAUCCAACAAGGAAAGUUCCAAUUUUCUGUGGCCUACCUGGGUAAGAUAUACUGCAUGUCAAGCGAGGAAAACAUAAAGAAGUUCAUGGAGAACCCCCGACCAUAUCUACUGCCUCCACAACCCCGAGUUCCAGGAAAGAUAUGUAUCAUCGGGCCUCCUUCCUCUGGUAAGAGCUCUCUUUCUAAGAUGUUGUGCGAACAGUACAGCGCAGCUCUGCUGGACAUGAACGUGCUGGCAGCAGAUGUGAGAGAGACAGAGCAACAAAAGCAUGUGGAUCAAGUUAAAGACGAUGCCAAAGUGACAUUCCUAAACCAGAUUAGAGAACAGAUACAGAGUGCUGCUCAACUCGUUAUUGAAAGCCGUACACGACGAGCAAUGCUAGCAGCUGAAAUGGCCGAGGAUGGAGAGUUGGAAGGAGGAGCUGCUCCUACCGUCGAGGAGGGAGUAGAAUCAGAGGAGUCCAACUUACAGGAGAAGAUUAUCCAGGAGAAGGAGGAACUGGAGCGAGAGAAUGAUAUGAUCAAGAAGUUCGGCUUCACUUUCGAUGAGGAGGGUCAGAUUAUUCUUCCCGAGAUCUCAGAAGAACACCCGCUGGUACGAGAACAAGUAGAACGUGUCACAGUUGAAGCUCGUAACCACGAAGUGGAGAUAUCACCUGAGAUGUACUGCUCGGUGCUUGAAGAAGCUAUUCGGGCGGUUAUCACCGGACAUCAAACUAAAGGGGAUCCUGAGUACGGCGGCUGGAUCCUGGACAACUUCCCUCUUACUCGAGACCAGUGGACCAUGAUGACUGAGAGAGCUGAUAAGCUGCUUACUCCUGAUUCGUUUAUUAUCCUGAACGAUCCUGACCCUGAGAAUGGGGAACUGCUGAAGAGAUGGGCCGCUAUUCAGAGACCCCCGAUAUCGCUCACAGCAGCACAGAUAAAAGCAGUGGAGAAAAAGAAGGCUAAACCAGCUGGUGAGAAAACCGGAGACGGACUUGCUCCUUUGGAUGAGUCAGAAGAACAAGAGAAUGCCCAAGACAAAGUUCCGGCCUCAGUUGAACAACGCGUACUGAACCGCAAGGCAUUUGACCGCGAGAAACCACAGCUGGAGGCAAUAAUAAAACAAAGUGACGUGGAGCUGUUAACUAUUGAGUGUAAUGUGGCCCUUGAAGCUAUGAGGUCGAAUGCUGUGGGCAAACUGGACUCCGUAUUCAGAUACAAAUCAGUUGAUUACUUCUCGUAUGAGGAAGAGGAGCAGGAAGAGGAGGAGGAGGAAGAGGAAGAGGAGGUUGACAAGAGGAAUCUGGGAGAGACGAGACAUUACUGCCCCGUUACCCUGCUCGAGAAGAAUGUCCUCUGGCCGGGAGAUCACGAGAUUGGAGCCAGGUUCCGGGAGAAGAUUUACCUGUUCAGCAGUCCGGAAUGUAAGAUUAAAUUCCUGGAGAGUCCGGAAAAGUACGCUCCUAGUGGUGCUCCUCUUGUGCCACCACCAAUACGCCUCUGCAUUCUUGGACCUAAAUCAUGUGGCAAAACUGAACAAGGACGAUCUCUAGCUCGAAAGCUAGGACUCUUCCAUAUUUCAUUCCACAAAUUCUUGGAGGAGAUGAUCAUUCCAAAGGUCAAGGUGAGAGCGUGGGAAAGUGAUCAUGAGGAAGAGCCCCCUGCAUCACCUGAUGAGGGUGAUGACGAUGAUGAAGACGACGAGGAGACUAAAGAAAGGAAACUUGCGCUCGAGAUUGCCAAAAACACUAAAGCAGUGGAUCUAGAUGACAGUGUGCUCCAAACACCCUCUGGUAAAGAUUACCUUGUGGCUGAGUUCACUGAAAACACAGUCGCUCAGUUUGAGAAGGCUCUCCAAGUUAGACGUGCUCUGAUUGCUAAGAGAACCGGGAAAGAGGCGGACGCAGAAGAGGCCUUGAGCGAGCUGGAGGAAGCGGUACAUAGCAGUUUAGUUGAGGGAGAAGCGUUACCUCCUGAGAUUCUUGACCAGAUCGUUGUAUCGUGGUGGACUGAAAACCCCUUCAAAGAAACUGGAUUUAUUCUAGAAGGAUUCCCGACCCCUCAAGAAGCAACCUUUAUGACAGACACAGGAUUGUUCCCUGAUGCUUGUAUCAUACUGGAGGUGGAAGAUGAGCAAGCUGGUGACAGACAACUUCCGGGUAAACUGCAGAAGUGGAAGAAUAAGAUGGCUAAGAAACUGGCUAGAAGACAAAGGCAUAUGGAGAGAAGGAGGAUAAAGAAGGAAAAAGAAAGAAAGAAGAAGAUCCAAGAGAAAUUUGGGGAGCUAAAAGCGGAACGUGAGGUGAGACUUGAAGAAAGGAGAAAAGAGAAGGAGGAAGCUGCUAAAUUUGGCGAAGUGCCAGAAAGUGACGGUGAAGAAAGUGAAGAAGAACCGGAGAUUGGGCUUAAAGACGUCGUUCUGUCAGACGAGGAAGAUGAAGACGAUGAGGACGAUAUGGGAGAGGAAGAUGACGAGACUGAAGAGGAAGCAGUUGAUAGGAUCAGGGGAGAAAUAUCUGACAGAUACGAUACCGACAUGCAAGUUAUAUCUCAACUACAGAACACACUGGAGGAUUUGAAUAUUCCACGUAUGUUGAUAGACGCAUCUCGUAAACCCAAAGUUGUGUUUUACUCCCUCUGUCAACAACUCCGGUCUAUAACUGAUUUCAGAGAGAGCCUCUUCUCGCAAUGUUUAGCUGUCAGGGCUAGGCAAGCUAACGAAAUGCUCGCUAGAGGGUAUAAACAGAGUAGCAGAUUUGGCAGAUGGGAUCCUGUAGAGUUGGAAUCGGGCUGUGCGAUACAGCCCUAUCAAGCUCCUGGAAGACUGACCUAUCCCGUGGUGUUCAGAGCUCACACUUACUUUAUGUCCAGUCUUGAAAACCGACAGAAGUUCAUGGACAAUCCGCUACACUAUUUGAAACUGGACUCACCACCUCCCGUAGUUCCGGUCAAAUUAGCACUGGUCGGACCUCCAAAAUCUGGAAAAACGAUGUUGGCAAGAAGACUGGAAAGAGAUCAUGGUAUCGUGUGUUUAUCAGCGGGUGAAGCCGUAAGGCAGUUCGUGACAGAAUUCCCCACCAGUAGUCUCACAAGAGAAAUGGAGACACAUCUAAAGGCUGGCGUUACUUUACCAGAUGCUCUCGUCGUGCAGGCUUUGGAGUCGAUUAUGUUGAGCCAGCGAUGUCAAACCAGAGGGUAUGUCCUGGAUGGAUACCCCAAUACGAUUGAGCAGGUGAAACUGAUGACUGAGCUUUGUAUCAUUCCAGUUCAAAUCAUCGAGCUCACUUUAUCUGCUAAAGAGGUUCAUUGGCGAGGUACUGCUGACCGCCACAGUCCAGAAAGAACCCUCCCCUUACACGACUCAGCGCCAAUCCUAGACGUGAGGCUAAGCAGCUACAAACGAAACAUAGAUGUGGUUCGAUCUCAUUAUCAGAAAGAACACAGAAACUGGUAUAUUCUUGAAGGAAAUAGGUCGAAAUGGUGGCUAAAUGACAGAUGUGCUCAGCUCAUGAACGAGCAGUUGACAACAGCUCAACAUUACCUGGAGAAGCGAACCGUUGGUGAAGCAGCAUCAAUAUUUGGACUAUGCGUGUCUCCAGACGAAUGUAAAAACAGACUGGGAGAAUUCUCUCACUACUGUCCCGUGAGCCUUGCCACUAAACACGAGCUUGUGGACUGCAGCUAUGAAACGACCAUGAAAUACACGGCAGAGUACAGGGCCCGAUAUUACAAACUGACCGGACAGAAAGAGUUGGAUAUGUUUUUGGCCGAGGCCCACAACUACGUGUCACCCACAGCACCUCACAUGCUGCCUGAUUCUCUGCCCAGAUACGUUACUAAAGCCGAAGUCAAACAGAUGUUCCCCAAAGAGCUGGCGUUCAGGGGAUACUGUCCUGUUACAUAUGUGCUCGGUAACAAACGAUAUGAAGCCCUGACGCCAGGCAGCAGAGAUCACGUCGUCCUGUACGACGACGAAUUGUUCAGCAUGCUGGACGAUCAGACGAUGGAAAUGUUCCUCCGACAACCUUGGGACUACAACCGAACUCCUUUGCCUGCCAAACUUCCUCCGGCUAGAGUAGCUCAAGAUGUCACUUCCCUCCCCAUGCUCGGGUACAUGGAGCAAACAGUAGCUAAAGCAAUCAUUGCUUCGAUGACAUCCUGCUCAGACUUCAAACCCAAGUACCCAUACGUCAACGCCCACAAAUCAGCUUUACUCUAUGUUGGAUAUCACCUGAAAGCACACAACCCAAAGGCUACAGAGUACUCUCGUGAGAAGUACCGCAAGAAGCUAGAAAAGUUCAAAGAGCACUGCGACCUCAUCAAGUAUCUAGGCAACAACAUGAACCGGAAGUACAGACCUGAACCUGAACGUCCGAUUGACUUCAACUACAAAAUGGGUGAAUUCCUGGCUCUUAAAAGUUACCCUCUUCCGAUCAACUGAGGGUGGAUGUUGAUGGAGAAUGGUGUGAAUAAAUUUGUAUAUUUAUGAGAGCGAAUGUAGAUGAUUAGAACAGUGCAGUUUUGUGUUUAUAGCAACGGACAGUAGCAACUUAAGCGUUUUUUCAUGAAAUUUCUUUGUAAGGCAAGUGUGGAUGAUGAGAC